GGCGUCUUCGAACGCGCCGCGGCAGCCAUGUUGAUCGUGGCUAGCACAGGGGCCGGCACCAGCGGGUUUUAGAAGCAGGUGUCAUGAUGUUGUCCGCGGUGUUGAGGAGAACCGCGCCAGCGCCUCGGCUCUUCCUGGGGUUAAUCAGAUCUCCAUCUCUCCAAAGCCGGGGAGGUGCUUACGGCCGUGGCGUUGUCACCGGAGACCGCGGGGAGCCGCAGCGGCUGAGAGCUGCCGCUUGGGUGCGCCCUGGAGCAUCUUCUAUCUUCCUCCCCGGACGGGGGGCAGCCACCUGGGGGCGCCGUGGAGAACGCACCGAGAUCCCAUACCUGACUGCCGCCUCGUCGGAACGCGGUCCUAGCCCCGAAGAAACACUUCCGGGACAAGACAGCUGGAAUGGGGUCCCUAACAAGGCGGGUCUGGGCAUGUGGGCCUUGGCCAUGGCGCUGGUGGUUCAGUGCUACAGCAAGAAUCCAUCUAACAAGGAUGCAGCUCUAAUGGAAGCUGCCCGGGCCAAUAACGUGCAGGAAGUCAGAAGGCUGUUAUCAGAAGGUGCAAAUGUCAACGCAAGGCACAAACUUGGCUGGACAGCACUGAUGGUGGCAUCCAUCAGCCACAAUGAGAGUGUGGUGCAGGCCCUGCUGGCUGCUGGAGCUGACCCAAACCUUGGGGAUGACUUCAGCAGUGUCUACAAGACUGCCAAUGAACAGGGAGUCCAUUCUUUGGAAGUCCUAGUCACUCGAGAGGAUGACUUCAACAACCGGCUAAACCACCGUGCUAGCUUCAAAGGCUGCACAGCCCUGCACUAUGCUGUCCUGGCCGACGACUACAGCAUCGUCAAGGAGCUGCUGGACGGAGGAGCCAGCCCCCUUCAGAGGAAUGAGAUGGGCCACACACCCCUGGAUUAUGCCCGGGAAGGGGAGGUUAUGAAGCUUCUGAAAACUUCUGAGACCAAGUACAUGGAGAAGCAGAGGAAGCGGGAGGCAGAGGAGCGGCGCCGCUUCCCACUCGAGCAGCGUCUAAAGGAGCACAUCAUUGGCCAGGAGAGUGCCAUCGCCACCGUUGGUGCUGCGAUCCGGAGGAAGGAGAAUGGCUGGUACGAUGAGGAGCACCCUCUAGUCUUCCUCUUCUUGGGAUCGUCUGGAAUAGGAAAAACCGAGCUGGCCAAGCAGACAGCAAAGUAUAUGCACAAAGAUGCCAAAAAGGGCUUUAUCCGGCUCGACAUGUCUGAGUUCCAAGAGCGACAUGAGGUAGCCAAGUUUAUCGGUUCUCCACCAGGCUACAUUGGCCAUGAAGAGGGUGGCCAGCUGACCAAGAAACUGAAACAGUGCCCAAAUGCAGUAGUCCUCUUUGAUGAGGUGGACAAGGCCCAUCCAGAUGUGCUCACCAUCAUGCUGCAGCUGUUUGAUGAGGGCCGCCUGACCGAUGGCAAGGGGAAGACCAUUGACUGCAAGGAUGCCAUCUUCAUCAUGACUUCCAACGUAGCCAGUGAUGAGAUCGCCCAGCAUGCAUUGCAGCUCAGACAGGAAGCUUUGGAGAUGAGCCGAAAUCGAAUCGCUGAAAACCUUGGGGAUGUCCAGAUUAGUGACAAGAUCACCAUCUCCAAGAACUUUAAAGAAAAUGUGAUCCGACCCAUCUUGAAAGCUCACUUCCGGAGAGACGAGUUUCUGGGACGGAUCAAUGAGAUCGUCUACUUCCUCCCUUUCUGCCACUCAGAGCUCAUCCAACUGGUCAACAAGGAACUGAACUUCUGGGCCAAGAGAGCCAAGCAGAGGCACAACAUCACACUACUGUGGGACCGAGAGGUGGCAGACGUGUUGGUUGAUGGCUACAACGUCCAUUAUGGUGCCCGCUCCAUUAAGCAUGAGGUUGAGCGGCGUGUGGUAAACCAACUGGCGGCAGCCUAUGAGCAGGACCUGCUACCAGGGGGCUGCACCCUGCGGAUCACUGUGGAGGACUCGGACAAGCACCUCCUCAAGAGCCCUGAGUUGCCCUCACCCCAGGCUGAGAAGCGUCCACCUACACUGAGACUGGAGAUCAUUGAUAAGGACAGCAAGACCCGCAAACUGGACAUCCAGGCGCCACUCCACCCCGAGAAGGUGUGCUACACCAUCUAGCAUCCACCUGUCUGUGCCCUGAACAUCUAAUAAAGGCCCCUUGCUGUGGCAUGGCAACCGAUCCACCUUGCCCUCAUGCCUUUCC